AAUUAAGUAACUAAUGUAUCAAAUACAAUAAUGGCCUGAAGAAAAGAAGAAAAAGGGGUAGAAAUCGUGAGAAACGAAGAAGAGAAUUGCGGGGACUGAUUUAGGGUUUGGUUUUGUGUUCGUUUCUGAGAUCUGAAGUGAGUGCUGUAGCGAUGAACGUGCCGGUGAAAAUACAGAUGAAUCUGGAGAAGUUCAGAGAGUUUCUCCACAAGGUCAUCAGGAGGAAUAUGGAAAAUCCCAAUCCGGUACAUUCUUCUGUAAGUCCAGCUGUCAUCUUCGUUGCUACUGUGGACCUUUUUGAAAAUUUCGAGAUGAUGUGGGGUAGCCAAAGACGUAUCAAUGUGCCUCCGCCGGAAGAUGACGCUAAUCUCUUGACCUUCCUCACAUCUCGAGCUAAAAUCGUUCCUGAACGCAUUCACUGCGACCAGCUAGCAUCGAUUCUGCGUUACAUCGAUGGUCCCUAUCUCGAGUCCUUCACAGCAGCCCUCAAGGAGAAAGCUACUACCAAAGAAGCUGAUAAAGCUAUCGAUGCUACCUCUCAUGGCUUGGGUUUGCCAGUGGAGGAUGAUGGUGAGUUUGAAGAGGAGGAUGUCGAGGAUGAGAAGGAGCCUGUGCUCAAGGAUGAGCCGAACUUGGCUGAAGUCAAAGAGGAGCCGAACUUGGUUGAAGUCAAGGAGGAGCUGAAAUUGGUUGAGGUCAAGGAAGAGCCUGUUGAGGUCAAGGAGGAGCCAAAAGACUUGGUUAAAGAGGCCAAUCGUAAGCGUCAUGCUUCAUCAAGCCCAACUUCUUCAUUAGGCUCGACUUAGAGGAGUACAAGGAUCAAGACGUGGAAGUUUCUCGGGAAAUGACGUGUGUAGUUUUUCUAGCUCUUUUUAUGUUCUCCAUUAUCGAUGUUGCAUAUGCUUUGGUUAGACCUUGCUCAGUUUCUUUUGGUGUCAUUAUGCUAGGGAAGAAAAACAUAUAGUUCUGAAAAAAAACAUAUAGCUCUAAAAAAAAACAUGUUUAUCCACUA